GACACCUGCUGUUAGGUUGCCUCUUUAUGUGUUUGCUUUGGAGCUUAAUGUCCAUUUUGAACCUUUUGGUGAAGACACAGAAGGGUGGGAACUUUAGUCUGUUUGCACAAUUUAAGUGUGCUGCAGUCCGUUUGUACCACUGGAAAGUUUGUUGGCCUCGAACUGAGAGGCUUUCAGCUGCAUAACUACUGGAAGAUAACGAGUUUCGAAGUCACUCUUGGCUUUAUACCAUUUAAUUAGUGUUUUCACCAACUAUACAUCCGUAUUGAUAAUACAUGCCUGACGGUAAUAUUUAAACUUUUCUACUGUGUUUAGGCACACACACACACGCGCGUUGCAAAUACAGUGUUAUGGAUGUUUGAAGUAAUGGGCGGUUUUGUGCUCUUGACUGGUGCGCUCAUUCGUCGGUUGGCGUUGGUAACGCCGCACAGGGAGCUGCUGAGACACCCCUGCCCCCCCUCCAACGCCACCUCCACCACAAAGACCAGCUGCCGCCCCUCUCUUUUUUUUCUUUUCUUUUUUUCAAUUUCAAGCAGGGCAUAUUACUUCCCCUCAGACUUCUCCUGACACAACCGAAACAGCGUCUAUAGCGAGCAGCUGCGCAGAAAAGACCCCGCUCUCCGCAUCCUGCGCUCAGCCAACGAGAGCCGGCGGCCGCUUGCAUGCAACCCGUCUGCGCUGAACAGACUGCAGGCUCGUAAAGACGAAGCGGAUUUGAAUUAAGCACCGGAUAACAGACAGCAACUGUGCAUCCUUCGGCGAGGGAGGGAGGUAGAGGGGAGGCAACUGUUUUGUGUCUUGGAAGCCCUGUGUUUGGAGGAGAGGGGGGAGGAGGAGGAGGAGGAGGAGCGGAGAAUGAGCUAUUCUUGUACCAGCAGAGGCAACAGCCAGGACCCAUCAAGCGCUAAGAAGCCUGCCGGUAAUAAUCCCGGCAGAGACACCGCAGGCACGGACAGCGGCAGUAGCGGCAGCCCGAAGCAAACGGCGGCGAUGAAAGUGAAGAAAGGCUGCAACUCGACCGACGUGGGGGUCCCGGUGACCACGGAGGAGGACCUGCUCGCCAGCGCGGUCAUCACUCCGGAGGAUGUGCUGGGCUUGCAGAAGAUCACAGAGAAUUAUCUGUGCACCCCAGACGAGAACAUUUACAACAUUGACUUCACCAGGUUCAAGAUCAGAGACAUGGAGACCGGCACAGUGUUGUUUGAAAUCACCAAACCUCCAUCUACAGACAAAGCAGGGGAGAAAAGGGAUGUCGACCCAAACGCCGGCCGAUUCGUCCGUUACCAGUUCACCCCCGCUUUUCUCAGACUGCGGCAAGUUGGAGCCACUGUUGAGUUCACGGUUGGAGACCUGCCGAUAGAAAACUUCAGGAUGAUCGAGAGACAUUAUUUCAGGGAGAAGCUGCUGAAGAGUUUUGACUUUGAGUUCGGCUUCUGCAUGCCCAACAGCAAGAACACGUGUGAACAUAUCUACGAAUUCCCACCUCUGUCUGAGGACAGCAUCAGAGAGAUGAUCCUGCACCCGUAUGAGACGCAGUCCGACAGCUUCUACUUUGUGGACAAUAAGCUGGUGAUGCACAACAAGGCGGACUACUCGUACAACGGCGGGACAUAGAGGCGGCACACUGAUGCAAGAGGCGGGUGGACCCACGGACUGACCUGAGGGACGAUCAGAGUACAUUGGUGGAGUCAACAUCCUGUCAGCCCAGUAGCCUCUCUCUCUCUCUCUCUCUGUCUCUCUCUCUCUCUCUCUCUGUCUCUCUCUCUCUCUCUCUGUCUCUCUCUCUCUUCCUCCUGCUGAGAGAAUACCACCCAGAAAAACACAGACAUGUCAGUUACGCUCUGUGUGUGUCUGUGUGCGUAAGCAUGUGUAAGUUUGUCAGUGCCUAAAAACAAAGGCCAUAUGCAGCACACACACAAACACACACAGGUCACAGAUUGGUGGGUGUGACAAAGUGCAACACGAUAAACCAGCAAGUCAACGACUUUUUAGGAAAUGUCAGAUGGUUCUUCACUCUCUGGCCGUGUCAUGAAGUGAAAAAAAAUAAAAACAACAAAAAAAUCUUUAAAAAAUUCAUAGAAAAUAUUUUUUUCAUUCCUGUACAUGUUGGGUUUUAGGAACAGAUCAUCUAAAAUGUGUGUUUUUAGGACUUAAAUAACAGUUUUGAGACAUUAUUUCUCAAAUUCAGUGAGUGUGUGUAUGUAUUAUUGAGUGUGUGUGUGUGUGUGUGUUUAUGUAUUUUGUAUGAUUGUCUGUGUGUCUGUAUGUCAGUUUGAAGCAUGACUACUAGUCUGGAAUAUAUAGAUAUAUAGAUAUAUCUAUAUAUCUAAAUGAUUUAAAUGUCAGUAAUGUGAUUAUAUGGUUUGCAAAGGCCGAAUAGAUUUUCAGAAACUCUUAGCACAUUUUCUACACAGUAGGGACCUAGAUGGCCUAUUUCCUGUUUCCUUAUCCCUUUGUCCCUUUUCUAUUCCCUCAGUUGUGUGGCCUGUAUUUAUACCUUAGGGCAUAUGUGUCUUUGAACAAAGCACAAAAUCUCUACAGAGCCAACAAAUAGGGAGGCUCAUCUGAUAUGACCAUUAACGUACUUUGUCAUCCGUGUACCAAGUGUACUUUGCCGGCCACAUGUUGAUUUCUUUAGGUGAUAAGGACGUUGUUAAAAACUUGGAUUGGUUGUAUAUGUCCACGUUAAAGUUUUGCUGUUUGGAAACUCUUCACAAGAGCAGGAAAAAAAAUGUUUUUCAGUCAGAACUGUGUGGCAGAAAAAAGAAAGAUAUGGGAAUGUAGCAGAAGUUGUUUAAAGAACAAAAUCCUUCUAAUUAUCUCUAAUUAUGUUUUUUUUUUUUUGGUUUUGUUUUGUUUUGUUUGUGUGUAAUGUAAUGUUUCUCUCAUACGUUUCUAUCACAUUUCAGUGAGUUGGGACCUGAGUGUGUUGAUCUCUUUUUUGAGGGCGUUUGUUUUGCAGAUCACACCGUAAAUCAGUGACUGAACUGUCUUAGGAUGCCUCUAAAUUGUAAUAUGCACAAUUAGUUUUCUCUUUGUCUGUCUGAGACAUUCUGACUCAAACAGUGUCCAAGCAGGUCUUUUUUUCUUAGGAUAUCUACACAUACUCCAUGUUUGAUGCACAUGGCACAGUUUAGUUUCUGUGUUUGAUUACUUUAGUGAUUCUGCUUUAAUUGCAGUGAAUUCCCAUCUGUUAAAGCAAGUAUGUUCGCAUGCUGCAAAUUAUUGGAAAAUACUAGCUGAGCCAGGUCUGUCAAGAACUGCAGGCAGUUGAAAGGAAGGUACUUGCAUGCAAACUGAUUCAGAUUAAAAUCUGUGUGACUUUGGGCCUGCACAAGUUGCUGAUUGUGAGUUAAAGGGUGACUGACAAAAUAGCAAAUGUGCGAAAUAUCGUGAAAUGUCCAGUAGGAGACUCAGACUGAACUUUGUGAAUCAGAGAUAAACCCGAUUGACUUGAAUGUUAUGUCAAAAAUGUAACAAAGAUAUGUAGAACAGAUUUAUUUAUGACCGAUUGUGACUCGUGUACAAAUUAUUUUGAGCUGAUGUAACGUUUUUGACAAUUCAAAUGUUGGUUUUUGAUUGAACAAAAGUGAAAUAAAGAUUUAUGGGUCUUUUCUGAAAAA